GAGACACAAUCACAUGACAAAAUACUUCUUGUGAAGAAAAGGUACGAAAAAUAUUAUUGGUGAGUAUCUUGUUGAGGCUAAUUAAGCAGAUUUUGAGAUAAAGAAGAAGAGAAUGGUUGACACUUAAAAUGUGGUCACGCAAGGACGCUAACCAUUCUUAUGUAUUGUGAUACUGCAUUAAGUGUAGUUUAUAAUCAAAUAGUGACAGAUCUUCUCAUUUAAACAUUUAUUAUGUGAGAAGAUAGUGUAGUGAUGGGAAACAUUGGGCUAUUACCAUUUUAAUAGAGAUAAUCUGGAAUGACGUCUACUCUUUCAUGUGAAUUCAGUCAUAUUGGAAAUUCAUAUUUUAAGAGUUCAAGGAUAAGUCACCAAGAAUUAUCCAAGAAGCGUUAACGCCGAGGUUACGUUUCCAGCAUAAAUAUACUCAAGGAAUAGUGGGGUGAUAAUACAUACAGAAGAAUUGCUAUUCCUUUAAAGCCCAAGUUUGACUAUAUGCACUGAUUUCCACACAACGAGAAGGCUGGACUUUGUUCUUAACAAUCUCGAGCUUACAAAGUGGGGUGAUAGAGCAGUUGUGGACACCCUUUAUGAGAUUGCCUAUGCAAGUAAGAAAGUGAGAGGCCACUUUCUGGGGAUUUAAAUGGUGAAUCCUAGAGAACUUGCUGAAUAGGACUGAGAGCAAGGCCCAUAUUAAUCGGUGCCGCCAUUGCAGACAAGAACUCAUGUAUAAUACGAAUAUGAAUCUUAUUUUCAUAUUCAAGCCAAAGGUUCAAGGCUGGUUAGCCAACAAUACUCAAUAAUAUCCUUCAUGCAUUUUUAAGUCCUCAUAUUAUUAUUAAAUAAUAAGUGGGGGAUUGUUGUAUAUAUAAUAAUAUAUAUGUAUUAUUUAAUAAUAAUAAUUAAAUAAUACUCCCUCCGUUUCAAUUUAUGUGAACCCAUUUGACUGGAUACGGAGCUUAAGAAAGAAGAGAAGACUUUUAAACUUGUGGUCCUAAACGAGUCACAUAUAUUUUGUGUGGCUAUAAAUCAUUGCAUAAAGGUAAAGUGUUUCCAAAUAUAGAAAGAGGUCAUUCUUUUUGGCACGGACUAAUAAGGAAAUAGGUUCACAUAAAUUGAAAUAGAGGGAGUAAAAGACAAGAGACACAAUUUCAAAUUAGAACCUAAGAGAUGCCUUUAAUGUUUGUGUUGCUUCUCUUUUAUUAUUUAAUUAUUAUUAUUAAAUAACACAUAUAUAUUAUCAUAUAUAUAACAGGUUAUGUAAAACUCAACUUAUUUAAAUAGGGGUAAAAUUGGAAGAAAAAAUUAAUAGCUUCUUGAUUUCGUGAAACAUUACUUAUUUUGAAACAAAAAAAGGUAAAAACACCACUUAUUUUGAAACAGAGGGAGUAAUACAUAGAUGGUGAUAGUUCAUGUAGGAAAAGGGAACAACUGAUAAUUGAGAUGUGAAACUCGCGAAAAAGUGAUAGUUCAGGGUCUAUGGAGCAAGUAAUGGUGGAAUAUCUUUUUGGGCGAAAAAAAGCAACUGAAGUUGCUCAUUAUGUCUGGAAGCAUGUUGUUCAGAAGGGGGAUGCAGUUGUUGAUGCCACCUGUGGAAAUGGUUACGAUACCUUGGCACUGUUGAAACUGGUUGCUGAUAGGACACAAAGAGGUCGAGUUUAUGGCAUGGAUGUUCAGAAAGUUGCUUUAGAAAGCACUUCAUCCUUACUGGACCAGUUUGCUAGUCCAGAUGAGAAAGAACUUGUUGAGCUAUUUGUUAUGUCUCAUAGUCAAAUGGAGGACAUUGUUCCAAAUGAUGUGGCUGUAAGGUUAGUUGCUUUCAAUUUGGGUUACCUUCCUGGAGGGGACAAAAAGAUCAUUACCAAGUCCGAAACAACUGUGCUUGCAUUGGAGGCUGCUAAGAGAAUCUUGGCACCUGGCGGACUCAUCAGUAUUGUAACUUAUGUUGGCCAUCCGGGUGGGAGGGAGGAGUUUGAGAAGAUUGAAGAUUUUGCUUCCAGACUACCGAUUGAGGGUUGGAACUGUUGCAAACUACAAACGUUAAAUCGCCCACUAGCUCCCAUGCUGAUAUUUUUAUUCAAAAAAUAGGACAAGAUUUUGUGUAACCGAAACGAAACUUGUUAUCAUGUUUCUGAGGUCACGUGCCUUUUAAGUUGUAAUGAUAUAUCCCCAAAUUCUAAAUUGCUAACUUUACUAGGAGGAUAUGUAUUGAUAUUUGAUGAUUCUUUGUUAUGCCAGUGAAACUAUUAGUUUGUUAUUUGAAGA